AUGAAGGCUAGGAUUGAGCAGUACUUUCGGGAUUCUGGGAUUCCUCACAGUGACGUUGAGAGACUUGCGCACCGGUAUUAUGUUGACUAUGGGUUGGCGAUUCGCGGACUCAUCGAGAAGCAUCCAGAUAACAAGGUGGAUGGUGGACUUCCGCUGGAAAAGCUCCUUACCCCAAACCUCGAACUGCGCGCCAUGAUCGAGUCCAUGAAACACGCACGCAAGGUGGUGCGGAUUCUGGGACUGGAAGGUCUCUUCCACGGAAUGACAUUUUGCAACUACCUUGAACCCCAAUUCGUCUGCAAACCCGACAGGAAAUCGUUCACAAAGGCCAUGCGGGAAGCUGGAGUACGAGACCAAGAUUCGAGUUUGUGUUUCUUUGCUGACGACUCUGCGCCCAAUGUCGAUAUGGCGGUAAAGAUGGGGUGGACGGCUGUUCAUGUGAUGGAUAAGUUCAAGGAUUUGCCGUCGGCUUUUGGGCAAUAUCAGAUUGAGUCUUUGGUGGACCUUCCGACUGUUUUGCCACAGUUUUGGAGGUAA